AUGACUGCCGCUGAUCAUUUGGCGCACUCUCUUGCGCAGGCCAGCCGUCCCUGUGACACCUUCGGUUCUAUCUUUAUCCGGACCACUGGUUGCGAUGAACCACCUUCGGACAUCAAAGUGAUACUAGUUAUUAUGGUGUAG